UAAGUGAAGCUUUAGAUGCAGUCCUUAUUAGUUUAGUCUGUCACUGUUAUUUACUUUGACAAAAGGAGGAAAACUAUGGCUGGAUCAGAUUUAACGGAACCACUUGAUUUGCAGGACUACAUAAUUUCUCUAGAUCUAUCUUCUCUUCCAAGGAUCCUACAGAUCUGCUCUGGGGUAUACUUUCAAGGUUCUGUGUAUGAAAUUUCUGGAAAUGAGUGCUGCCUGUCAACUGGGGAUUUCGUCAAGGUUAUCAGUGUUGAGUUCCAGAAAGCAAUUUGUGAGGAUGUGGAGACGAAGGAAUUAGUUGAGCUUCUGGCAACUUACACUGGUUACCUGCAAUGUGUUCCAGAGACAUUGCCAUAUCCAACAAUAGAAGAACUUGUUUGUGAACUUGCCGGUGAUGAUUUUCAGAACAAAUUCUGCUUCAUCAGUAAUAAUGUCUUGAUUAUCCAUAAAAUAACAAUUAGGCCAGGAACACCCUUACAUUUUCAAACUGUACAUGUCAUAGAAGGCCAAAGAUUUGCAGGCUGUGCAGUUAAUAUUGCUGGAGAGAAUGUCUGUAUCAGCAUUCCGUUUAGCUACAAGGCAGAGUUUUAUGAAGUAGAAGACGAAAGACUAUACACUCUGCAAGAAAUCGUGCAUUCAAAAGUGUUACGCACUAAGAAGGUGAAACUGGUCGAUCAGUUGAAGACCCUGCUGCUCACACCAGUAUUCGAAAUACAUGCAGUAAUGCAAUUCAGAGCAGGAAAAGUGAAGAUUCCAUCGAAUCUGGAAGUUGACAUUAUAGAUGUAACUGAACAGAACAGAGACCUUAAGUUUAUUAUUCCGGUAUCAUUAACAGAGAUUAUAAAUAUGCCCAAAGAGACUUUUCCAGUAUCAGCUGAAGUGCUCGAUCCACCCUUAGAACAAAUAUUUAAAUGUAGUUGGUUUACAUCAAUUCGAAAAGGCAAGAAAAUUGUGAUACAUGGUACUGCGGACAGCAAAAGGAUACUCACAGUGGCCAGCAAAUCCAAGAAAGGUAGCCGGUACUUCUUAGUGUCACUCAGUUACAAAGGACAAUUUAAGAAGAAACCAAGAGAAUUUGAAACAGUUUUUGAGCUGCAUGCUAACUUUAUCCCAGGUAAUCCACUAUGUGUAGUUACCACAAAAGACUGUGAGUGUUUUGAAGGUGAUUUUCCUUGUCUCAGUGUUGGAGACAAAUUAGAAGUGCUAUACGCAACAGAAACACAGGCACUCAUAGAUGACAGUCUGCAGAAUGUUCAGGUACUAGUAUGUAACAGGAUAUGUGAAGAUGAAAUUGAGGAAAUAAUGCUACCCAUGUCCCUUGAAGGUCGAUUUGUUGAAGAGAAUGCAGACAGAUGCAAGUACACUGUUGAGCGACUACUGAAGUCAGGCAAACUUCCAGCAGAGUUAAAAGUUGCAGUGAAAGAUAAAUCACUGGGUAAUGACAUGUUGGCUUCAUUGUCUUCUAUAAAGUUUGAGGAGGAAAUAAAGACAAGCUAUGUAAUCAUAAGUUUUGCUGAAGACCCUCUCAAGUACUACGAGCUGCCUGCCAAGUGGAUGAACAUGUCUGUAUGCUUUACAGAUGAGACAGCUGAGUAUCCUGAGAAUCUGACAGAUGGUUCCCCUGUGGUGGAACUUGCAGAAUUCUUCUUUUAUGAGCUCAGGAAGUUAUCACCAUCAAAUGUCCUUCCUCCUCCAAGACCUCCUAAAAAGAAAAGUUUAACACUUUCCACCUCAGAGACAGUGAAUAUUAAGGAGGAGCCUAGCAAACCAGCUCCAUUCUGUAAGUCACCUUGCCUUCCCCCUGAAGGAGAUCCGCCACCAAGACCUGAAAGAAAGCAAAAACCAUUACCAAAAUCCCCAAAUACGUGCAAAGAUAACGCUCUGCCUUUACAGCCUUGUAUGGAACAAAAACAGAUUUUAAUUACUCCUGAAAGUGAAAAUAAAGAAGCACAACUAAAAUCUGGCUUCAAAAAGGAGAAAAAAACAAAGCCUCAGAUAUCUGUGGCAAAUGAAUAUACCUCACAACCAAGUCAUGCGGAUCAAUAUUCUGCAGUGAAAAAGACAAAAAAAUCCAAGAAAAAAGAAGAUUCCUCAGAUGACAGUGACCAUGACUAUGAACUAAUUGAUGAUGAGAUGAAAGCUACAAUAAGCAAAAUGCAGGAAGCAGUGUCAUUUUAUUAAAUACAACCUAGCAGAAUCUGAAGAGCAAAUCAGUCCAGUCACUGAAAAUGAAGAAGAAGCUCAGAAAAGGAAAAGUUAUCACAGAUUCAUGACUGAACAAAAUGCAGUAUCCUUCCUUUCAAAAUGGAGAAGGGUCACUGACAUUUUAAGUCCUUUGUACAUUUUUGUUGCAUCGCAUGUAAGUCUAUGCUUGAAACCUGAGAAGGUCAAAAUGACAAAAGGCCAUGCUUUUAGAUAACUUUCUUUUCUUCUCUACUGUUGGGAAUGUAUUAAAACAGUAUUUGUGAGGCUUUCUGGCACUUCCACAAAAUGGUCAUACUCACUAACUGUGAAGAACUAUUGGCUCAAACCAGGCACUUAGCAGAUAGGGAUUCUAAAUUAACAAGAACUGAUUGAUCAUUAUUUUUAAUAUAGAUGUUGUUGCUUAGAAGCAAAAACAAAUAUUUUUAAUCAAGACUCAUCUGUUAAUAAAGCUAGAAGUGCGUACUGUUACAAAACUAGCUAAUAUUGAUUUUGUCCCUAAUAAACAUGCAGUUCUCUAGAAGAGUAGAGAUUACCUGGUGGCAUAUAAAAGCCACAGAGCAGUAACGUGGCAGAAUAACAUUCCACAGAAGUGUCAUACUAUUAACAUAAAAGCACUCUGACUUUAAUGGCAUGAAAUGACCUUUAGUACACACACACACACACACACACACACACACACACACACACACAUAUAUAUAUAUAUAUAUAUAUAUAUAUAUGUGCGUUUGUAUUUGUACAUUUCAGAUGUUUUAUUAGUCGAUCCCAAUGCUCCCCUUGUGGCUGCAUUGUUAAUAAAAGUUACAACUGCAUAUUUACUGAUUCUUACCUCACAUUCUGAAGAAGGCUUCUUAGUGUGAACCUCACGUUCAAAAUUCCAGCAGCACAACCAAAAUCCAGCUUCAUUGUUAUCUUACUCUGUCGGAGGUUGUUGUACCUGCAGCAUUGUACUACAAUUUACAUAUGUGAUUUUAAACUUUUUUUAUAAAAUUACAACUUUUUAAAUAUGUUUGAUGUCAGCUAUAAAAAGAAUUUAUGGCAAGUGUUUUACCCCCCUUAACUUUGUUUUGAGAAUUGUGAUUUCAUACAUCUGCACUGUAGGUCUGUUGCAUUAUACUCUGCGGCUCUUGAUCUAUGCAUGAACAGUUGCUGGAAAAAUUAUGUUGUAUAGUCUUUUAUCGUGUUAGUACACAGGGUCGGUGCCUCCAUUAACUCCCAGGUUCCUGUCUAUUUUUGAAAGGGCAGAGGGGAGUUUUUAGUGAAGCACCAUCCCCACUUAUUAUAUGGAUAAAUGAGAGAAAGAAAGUACCUAACACAGCUUCUAUUAGCCAUUACAAACAUCCUGACAGAUAAGACAAUCAGAGUGAAACAGCAAUUAAUUCUGAUGUAAAAACUGUAAUUAAGCAUACAUCUAAACCAUCUAAACCUGUCAGCAUUGAGUAUUACAUUUUUCCUUUUUUGUAACAUUCAUAUUUUAAAUGUAUGCAGGCAGCAACUGGUGGUAAAAAUAUCUUGCAACUGGUACAUUUAAUAAGCCAAAAAUAGGGCUGCCACAGUUCCAGAUGGGCAAUGAGUGGUACUAUUAGGCUAGAAAUAUGAUACGCAGAAUGUACUUUCCUUUAUUUUCCUUUCACCACCUCUAUCAUUAUAAAUAAAUUCCACAUACUCUUCCUAUGCGCAGCAUAAAAAAAAAAUCAGCCGCAGUGGCGAGUACAACUAGCCUUCAGUUCAAUUAGCAAACCAAAAGAGGGUGCAUCAAUGGCAAACUACAUCCACAGUACGUGCGAAUUUAAGAGCAAUGCAUUUCUUUAAAGGGAUAUGCACAAAUGUUACAUCAUAACAACAUGUUAUGGGAAACUUCCUUACACUUACAGAGGAAUGGAGGAGGUAGGUAGAGUAAAACAUUGCCGAAUAUAUUUUACUGAAAAGUAACUUCUUCAAAGUCUGUUCAGAUAAACAGACAUGCUUACAUUUACAAUGGUAUAGUGAAAUGGCAAAUGACAGAUUUUCAUGAUACCUUAUGCUUAUACUAGCUGUACUUAAGGCAGUCUUUUUAAAUAACACUUUUUGUUUCCUAAAAAUGAUUUGCACACAGUGAAAAUAGAAGAGGUUAAAUGACGAAAAAUGUGAUGGAAACCAGUAAACAUAUCCUCCACUAUCCUCAGGCUGUAAAUCGCACAUGCAAAAAGCAUGAGAGGAGAUUGAUGAACAUGACAAAAGGGAGAUUUGCUAUCUUUUUUCCCUAACAAUGCUCUAGAAUCUUUUGCAUCUCUAAAGCAGAUGUCCUAUGCCGACUGUCUUAAAAAACUACACCUAUACUCUGUCGCAUAUCGUCUACUCAGAGACAAUCUCUGCUUAACAUACAAGGCCAUGUCAA